UCCAUGCAAUAUCCGGUUCUUUCUUGCUCCGCGUUGGAGAGUGUGGUUGUCGAACUUUUCAUUAAUUAUUAUUAUUGAAUUUCUAAAAACCUAAAAUGGGUCGUAUGCACGCACCAGGGAAGGGUAUAUCCCAAUCUGCUCUUCCCUAUCGAAGAAGUGUCCCAACAUGGUUGAAGCUUUCACCAGAAGAUGUGAAGGAUCAUAUCUUCAAGCUGGCUAAGAAGGGUCUGACUCCAUCACAGAUUGGUGUCAUCUUGAGGGAUAUGCAUGGAGUGGCCCAGGUGAGGUUCGUCACUGGCAACCAGAUCCUGAGAAUAAUGAAGGCCAUGGGUCUGGCUCCCGACCUCCCCGAGGAUCUGUACUACCUCAUCAAGAAGGCGGUGGCUAUCAGGAAACACCUUGAGAGGAACAGGAAAGACAAGGACUCCAAGUUCCGACUUAUCCUGGUAGAGUCAAGAAUCCACAGACUGGCCCGUUACUACAAGACCAAGUCAGUGCUCGCUCCCAACUGGAAGUACGAGUCUAGCACAGCUUCUGCACUCGUCGCGUAAACUAUGGUUUUAUUGGUUAUAAGUUUUCAAUAAAAUAACUUCCACAA